AUGGCUGUGAACCAGAGCCACACCGAGAACCGUCGCGGUGCCCUCAUCCCCUUCGGCGAAAGUGUCUUGAAGCAGAGUCAGGAUGUGGACCUCUCCUUCCUACAGCAACCAGUGGGAUCUGAUCUCUUUAAUGGUACAAAAAGAGGAACAUUGUUUCUCACUUCAUACCGGGUGAUCUUCGUGACUUCACACUUAGUCAAUGACCCCAUGCUUUCUUUUAUGAUGCCAUUUGGUCUGAUGAGUAAUUGCACCAUUCAACAACGAAUCUUUGCCCCCAACUACAUUAAAGGAACCAUUCAGGCAGCUCCGGAUGGUGGCUGGGAAGGACAGGCUAUUUUUAAAUUAUCCUUCAGAAAAGGAGGUGCCAUUGAAUUUGCCCAGCUGAUGAUGAAAGCUGCCUCUGCUGCUGCCAGAGGAAUUCCACUUGGAAGUGUAAAUUACUGGUUUGGCACUUCAGGACUCUAUAUAAUUACUGCACCAGGGGGCAUGAUGUGUACCCAACAGACACCUUGUCCAGCAUACCCAGUUGUGGUCUACAGACCCCCACCACCAGGAUACAGAGCCCCACCAGCAGGAUAUGGAGCAUCGCCUGCAGGGUAUGGAGCCCCACCAGCUGGAAAUGAAGCCCCACCUCCAGCAUAUGAAGCUCCACCUGCUGGAAAUAGAGCUGCCUCUCACAAAUCUGUGGCAGCCCAGCCGGAGGCUUCUCUUCCAUCUACGUCAUCUUCUCAGGCUCAUUUACCACCUUCUAAGAAGUAA